CAUUGGGGAUAAGCCUCUUCCUCCAUCUCUGAACCCACAAAACCUCUCAAUCCUUCAUUCCUUCAAUGGCUUCUUCAACUCUCGUUCCGAUUUCCUCUCUUUCAUUACGCUCUUCUCCCUCCCACCGCCUCCCAAUUCUGCCAUUAAAGCCUUUCACCGUCCUCCACUCCGCCCUAUCCCUAGCCCCAAUUUCCUCCUCCUCAAUUCUCGCUCCAAUUCGAGCCAAAUCCUCUGACAUUGACACCACCUUCUUCGACAACGUCACUCCCGAAGACGACGUCGUUUACGACCCCCCGGAAGUCCCCGAAGGCUUCGUCGCCCCUCCAUCCUUCGACGAGGGUCCGCUGGAGACCGAGGAAGAAAUCGCCGCCGCUUACGAGGAGAUCUACGGCCCCGCUUACAGCGGAGUCUCUGUUCUGGGAAAUGACAUUCACGUGAUGGAUUCUAAGGUGAAGAAAGUGGGCGGAUUCGGCUCCAAGGCCAAGAAGGACAAGCUGCGGGAUGGAUUCGAAGAGCGGGUCGUGCAAGUUCGGAGGGUUACGAAAGUGGUUAAAGGUGGGAAACAGUUGCAUUUUAGAGCAAUUGUUGUUGUUGGAGACAAACAGGGCCAAGUCGGCGUUGGUGUUGGUAAGGCUAAGGAGGUCAUUUCCGCUGUCCAGAAAUCAGCUGUCAAUGCUCGCCGGAAUAUCGUCACCGUCCCCAUGACCAAGUACCUGACCUUUCCUCACAGGUCGGAUGGAGACUAUGGAGCAGCAAAAGUAAUGCUGAGACCUGCCUCUCCCGGUACUGGUGUGAUUGCUGGUGGAGCAGUGAGAAUCGUGCUCGAAAUGGCUGGGGUUGAGAACGCUUUAGGGAAGCAACUCGGAAGUAACAAUGCCCUCAACAAUGCCAGAGCAACGGUGGCUGCCGUGCAGAAGAUGAAACAGUUCCGGGAAGUUGCGCAGGAGCGAGGUAUCCCCAUGGAAGAGCUGUGGAAGUGAAGAGGGAAAGAAAGGGUGAGAGUAAUUUUCUUUCCUCUCAUUUUUUCCUUUUGACGUAUAUUAGUGCAUCCAUUCUUGUAACUCAAUGUUGUAAAAACGGCAGUCAGGAUUCAUUCCUAAGUUACAACAGAAGUGGACAUAGCCUUGAAAAGUAAGUAUAUUUGUUUGAUGCUUCACCCUGAAGAAGGCUUUUAUAACAAUUUUCGGAUGGUUGUCAAAAUGAAAAAAAAAAUGAUUUAGGA